UGGUGACAACUCUAUCCGCUGUCGCGCAGCGAAAAAUUCAAGAUAAAGUGAAAAAUUGUAAUCCCAAAAUUCGUAAUUAUUUGUUAAUAUUAUUUAGUUCCUAAGUCUUAAGCGAACACAAAAUUUUACUAAAAUGCUGUAAAUAUACAAUUAAUUUUGUUUUUAUAGACUACUGUACUAUCAGUAUUGUUGUUAAAAUGAAGAUCCUGUCGGCAAUAAAUGCUUCAAGAUGUGUGUUAACACUUCUGAAACCUAACAAAACAUCAAUAAUUAUAAGAAUUACACAGCAGCGCAAUCUUAUGUCCAAGCAACUGGUCUAUGACCAGUUCGGAGACCCGCUUCAUGUGGUUAAAUUUAGAGAAUCUGAAGUACCGGCUUUAGGACCCACAGACGUCUUAGUCAGAAUGUUGGCUGCUCCUGUUAAUCCAGCUGACAUAAAUACCAUACAAGGAAAGUAUCCAGUCAAAGUAUCACUGCCAUCAAUUCCAGGAAAUGAAGGUGUAGGGAGUAUUGUAGAUAUUGGAAAGAAUGUAAAAGGAAUAUCAAAAAGCAGCAAAGUAAUUCUGAAUCGUUCAUUAAUGGGCACAUGGAGAGACUAUGCUGUGUUGCCUGAAGAAUCAUUAUUGGUAGUUCCUGAUGACUUAGGCAAUGUUGAGGCAGCAACAAUAUCUGUAAACCCAUGCACAGCAUAUAGAAUGCUUAUGGACUUUGUUCCUUUACAAGCAGGAGAUGUUGUUAUACAGAAUGGGGGAAAUAGUGCUUGUGGCCAAUAUGUAAUACAAAUAUGUAAAGCGUGGGGUGUGAAAACUGUAAAUAUAGUAAGAGAUAGACCAGAUAUAGCAAAACUAAAAGAAUAUUUGCAAAAUUUAGGUGCUACAUAUGUUUUGACUGAAGAAGAACUGAGAUCUACACAAAUAUUUAAGGAUGGAUUGAAGAAACCUUUGCUGGCAUUAAACUGUGUUGGAGGAAAAAGUUCCUCACAGCUCUUCAGAUAUUUGAAUGAUAAAGGAGUAAUGGUUACUUAUGGAGGGAUGUCAAGGGAACCAGUUAUUGUACCAACAUCAGCAUUUAUUUUUAAAGACAUGAAGUGUGAGGGUUUCUGGAUGACAGCAUGGAACCAUGCUGCACCAGCCACAGAAAAGGACAAAAUGAUUAAGGAUAUUAUCAGUCUUAUGGUAUCUAAACAAGUCAAGGCACCAAUACACAAAAUGAUUAAGUUUGAUAAUUUUGAAGAGGCUUUGAAAAAUGCUGUUUCACCACAAGGAUUUACUGGCUGUAAAUUCAUAUUAGAUUUUUGCUAAUUUACUUAGGUGAAACAAUAACUAUUUCAAAAUUGGCAUUAAACAAUAAUAUUAAAAUAUUAACUAAGAAAUCAUAAUGUUAAAUACAGUGUAUUUUAUUUAUAUUAUUAUUUAAGAAUUUACAGAAUAUUAUGCUAUUGUAAUGCAUUUGUAAAUAAAUUUUGUUUCUACCAUAAAA